CCGGAAGGGGGCGGAAAUGGCCGAAGGCCGGUGGCGGCGGCCAUGUUGGGAUCUGCUGCCGCUGCUGCUGUGUGAAUGUGAGAUGCGCUGAGGGGAGCCGGGUCUCGGGGCGGAGAAGGCGGCUCGGCCAGGGGCACUCGGCCUCCGGGUCUCCUCAGCCCCGGCUCUGUGCAGCCUUCGCUCACGCGUACGCCUGGCUGCCGGCGGCGCGGCCUGGUCCCUGCGCCUCAUCCCCGGGUUCGCCUGAGCCGCCGGGCCGGGCUUCCCUCAUCGCGGCCCGGCGGAGACCCAUGUCCGAGUCCCGGCGGUUUCCGGCUCCCUGAAUCCCCCCUCCCCCUUUGGGCUCCCCCAUGGUGGUGGCCUGGCCGCCGCCCCCGGUGUGAGGAGAGCCCCAGGAACCGCCGGAGCCCCAGGAGCCGCUGGCCAAGGGGGCCCAAGAUGUCGAGCAGCGGCCGGAGCCCCCUCCCCACCGUGAAUGAGAGAGACACGGAACAGCCGGUGCUGGGCCAUACAGAGUCCAAGGCCAGCAACAAGUCCAACAUGCUGCGGGGCCGCAACUCUGCCACCUCCACUGAUGAGCAGCCGCACAUUGGGAAUUACCGCUUGCUCAAGACCAUCGGCAAGGGCAACUUCGCCAAGGUCAAGCUGGCACGCCACGUCCUGACGGGGAAGGAGGUGGCUGUGAAAAUCAUUGACAAGACGCAGCUCAACUCAUCAAGCCUGCAGAAGCUCUUCCGGGAAGUGCGAAUAAUGAAGGUUUUGAAUCAUCCCAACAUAGUUAAAUUAUUUGAAGUCAUAGAGACGGAGAAGACUCUGUACCUCGUCAUGGAGUACGCCAGCGGAGGUGAGGUGUUUGACUACUUAGUAGCCCAUGGAAGAAUGAAAGAGAAAGAAGCCAGGGCAAAAUUUCGACAGAUAGUGUCUGCUGUGCAGUACUGUCACCAGAAGUUCAUUGUACAUAGAGACUUGAAGGCUGAGAAUCUGCUGCUCGAUGCCGACAUGAACAUUAAAAUCGCAGACUUCGGCUUCAGCAAUGAGUUCACGUUCGGGAACAAGCUGGACACGUUCUGUGGGAGCCCUCCCUAUGCUGCGCCUGAGCUCUUCCAGGGCAAAAAGUACGACGGCCCCGAGGUGGAUGUUUGGAGUCUGGGCGUCAUCCUCUACACCCUGGUCAGUGGCUCGUUGCCCUUCGACGGGCAGAACCUCAAGGAACUGCGGGAGCGGGUCUUGCGGGGCAAGUACCGGAUCCCCUUCUACAUGUCCACGGACUGUGAGAACCUGCUGAAGAAAUUCCUCAUUCUCAACCCUAGCAAAAGAGGCACUUUAGAGCAAAUCAUGAAAGACCGUUGGAUGAAUGUGGGGCACGAGGACGAUGAGCUGAAGCCUUACAUGGAGCCCCAGCCUGACUACAAGGACCCCCGACGGACAGAGCUGAUGGUCUCCAUGGGGUACACGCGGGAGGAGAUCCAGGAGUCGUUGGUCGGGCAGAAGUAUAACGAGGUCAUGGCCACUUACCUGCUGCUGGGGUACAAGAACUCAGAGCUGGACAAUGACAACAUCACGCUGAAGCCCAGGCCCCAGGCUGAGCUGGCCAAUAGCAGCGCCCCCUCCCCCUCGCACAAGGUACAGCGCAGCGUCUCAGCCAACCCCAAGCAGCGGCGCUUCAGCGACCAGGUCCCUGCCAUCCCCACCUCCACUUCUUACUCUAAGAAGACCCAGAGCAACAACGCGGAGAACAAGCGCCCCGAGGAGGAGCGCGAGGCUGGGCGCAAGGCCAGCAGCACCGUCAAAGUGCCUGCCAGCCCACUGACCGGGCUCGAGAGGAAGAAGAGCACGCCCACCCCAUCCACGAACAGCGUCCUCUCCACCAGCACCAACCGGAGCCGGAAUUCCCCCAUGCUGGAGCGGGCCAGCCUGGGCCAGAACUCCAUACAGAAUGGCAAGGACAGUUUAACCACUCCGGGGUCCAGGGCUUCCACGGCUUCCGCUUCCGCCGCCGUGGGCUCCGCGCGCCCACGCCAGCACCAGAAAUCCAUGUCUGCCUCCGUGCACCCCAACAAGCCCAUGCUGCCCCCCACUGAAAAUAACUGUGAGGCCCAGAGACCCAGCACUGCACCCCAGAGGGUCCCGGUGGCUUCACCCUCUGCCCACAACAUCAGCAGUGCCAUCGCAGAACGUACCAACUUCCCACGGGGUGUCUCCAGCCGCAGCACGUUCCACGCCGGGCAGCUCCGGCAGGUCCGGGACCAGCAGAACCUCCCCUACAACAUGCCGCCUGCUUCACCCUCUGGGAACAGCCAGGGGCGCCGGGGCGCCUCCGGCAGCAUCUUCAGCAAGUUCACCUCCAAGUUUGUGCGCAGAAAUGUGUCUUUCAGGUUUGCCAGAAGGAACCCGCAUGAGCCAGAGAGCAAAGACCGAGUGGAGACCCUCAGGCCUCAUAUGGUGGGUGGGGACAAGGAGCGGGACGAGAACCGGGAGGCCAAGCCUCGCUCGCUGCGCUUCACCUGGAGCAUGAAGACGACGAGCUCCAUGGAGCCCAACGAGAUGAUGAAGGAGAUCCGCAAGGUGCUGGACGCCAACAGCUGCCAGUGCGAGCUGCAGGAGAAGUACAUGCUGCUGUGCAUGCACGGGGCGCCCGGGCACGACUCCUUCGUGCAGUGGGAGAUGGAGGUGUGCAAGCUGCCGCGGCUGUCGCUCAACGGCGUGCGCUUCAAACGGAUAACGGGCACCUCCAUGGCCUUCAAGAACAUUGCCUCCAAGGUGGCCAACGAGCUCAAGCUUUAACGAGCCCCUGCUGCGCUGCGCCCCUGAGCCCUGGGCCGGGACACGGGGACCCUGAGCAGCAGGGUCUCUCCACAGCGGUGUGCCGGGGGCAGAGCCGGAGACCCUCCCCUCAGGCCGCGUGCUGGGGAAGGGCACUGGAGAGGCUCCUUGCCCACCUUGCAAAGACCCAGAGCCGUGCACCAGGACGGGGGUGCAGAAUCCUGCCGCCUCUGCUCCACUGCUGCCCAGAGACACCG